AAGAAGAAGAUUAGCUACAUGGUUUAGCAUAAUAAGCUAACUAGCUGGCUUGAUUACAGAAGUAAUUCAAGCCACUUGCUAGCAUUGUGAUUUAUAGGAAAACAAACACAAAAAGGCGUCGUUUUUUUUCCGGUUAUUGGUUUGUAGUAAAUUAUAAAGGUCUGUAUGUUUCGUUUAAAUUCCUGCUCGCCCGCCAGAAUGCUGAACGGGCUUGAGCUCGUUGGAUGAUCCCCCUGAAUCAGCAGCGAAAGGGCCUCGAAUCCGCGGUGCUCGAGUAAACCGUUACCCGGGAUCUGGGGCUAGUUAGUGAGACAAGCUUUAGUCUUUACUGUCUUUAUUUCAUUAUCAUGUCGCAAACUGGACCCCCUCCUCGAUGGCGCAACUGUCCCAGGAGAGGUCAGCCUGUGGCAGGUAAAUUCCUACCGAUGAAAACAAUGUUGGGUCCCAGAUAUGAUGACCAGGUUGCCGAGGAGAACCGGUUUCACCCGAGCAUGCUGUCCAACUAUUUAAAAAGUCUCAAAGUGAAAAUGGGUUUGCUUAUAGACUUGACAAACACAACUCGCUUUUAUGAUCGCAACGACAUUGAAAAAGAAGGAAUCAAAUACGUGAAGCUUCAGUGUAAAGGCCACGGGGAGUGCCCUUCAAAGGACAUAACGUCAACGUUCAUUAGGUUCUGUGAGCACUUCAUAGAAAAGAACCCGACAGAACUCAUCGGUGUUCACUGCACGCAUGGCUUCAACCGAACAGGCUUUCUGAUAUGUGCAUACCUGGUGGAGAAGAUGGACUGGAGCAUCGAGGCAGCCGUGGCUGCUUUCUCCCAGGCUCGGGCCCCUGGGAUCUAUAAGGGAGACUACCUCAAAGAGCUUUUCUGCCGCUACGGCGACGAGGAGGACGCGCCCGCGGCCCCUGCUCUGCCCGAGUGGUGCUUCGACGACGACGACAACGGGGAGGCGGACGAUGACGGUAACGCGGUCGGCCCGGAGUCCGGCCCCAGCUCCUCGGGGUCGGCAGCUGGCAAAAGAAAGAAAGAGAAGCUAAAACUGGGUGCAGUGUUUCUUGAAGGCAUCUCAGUGAAAGGGGUCACACAGGUCACCAGCCAACCCAAGCUGGGAGAUGUCCAAAGGAGGUGUCAGGAGAUGGCCGAGUGGGACAAGUCUGGAUUUCCCGGGGCACAGCCCGUGUCCAUGGACAGACAGAAUCUUCGAUUUCUCGAGCAGAAUCCUUACAAAGUCAGCUGGAAAGCUGAUGGUACACGGUACAUGACACUGAUCAACGGUAAAAAAGAGGUAUACAUGAUUGACAGGGACAACUCCGUCUUCCACAUAGACAACCUAGAGUUUCCUUUCCGGAAGGAUCCACGAGUUCAUUUAUCAAACACGCUACUUGAUGGGGAAAUGAUCAUCGACAAGGUGAAUGGUCAGCCCGUCCCUCGCUAUUUAAUAUACGACAUCAUCAAAUUCAAUGGUCAACCUGUGGGCCAGUGUGACUUCAAUAUCCGACUGGUGUGCAUAGAAAAGGAAAUAAUUUCUCCUCGGAUGGAAAAGAUGAAGCUGGGGCAGAUAGACAAAACCAAGGAGCCCUUCAGCGUUCGAAAUAAGCCGUUCUUUGACAUUCAUGCAUCGCGGAAGCUCCUGGAAGGCAGCUUCACAUCUCAAGUCAGCCAUGAAGUCGAUGGACUUAUCUUCCAGCCGUGUGGGAGAUACAAGGCUGGGAGGUGUGAUGAUAUCCUCAAGUGGAAGCCUCCCAACCUCAACUCUGUGGACUUUCGCCUCAAGAUCACCAAAGUCGGAGGAGAGGGGAUGUUAACACAGACUGUCGGCUUGCUCUACGUUGGCAACUACGACAGGCCUUUUGCGACGAUGAGGGCGACCAAAGAGCUGAAACAGUACGACAACAAGAUCAUCGAGUGCUCCUUUGCCAACAACAGCUGGGUGUUCAUGAGGCAACGAGUGGACAAAAGCUUCCCUAACUCCUACACCACAGCCAUGGCUGUGUGUAAAAGCAUCCAGGAACCGGUCACUAAGGAAAUCCUCUUGGAGUUUUUGGACCACUGUGCUCAGGGAGUCAACGCACAGAACCGGAAACGCUCAUCUGACCCAGACGCUCAGUUGAUGCCCCCUCCCCCUCCCAAAAGACCCAACUGGGCCACCCCGUAGCCCACAUCUACGUGACUCUGUGACUGCCCCCCAGUCCCACUGUACACCCUCAUCACCAGCUCCAAACGCUCUGCAGAAAACAAACAUUUCGGGCCUUUCUUACUGUACCACAUCUGCUUUUUUUCCCAGCCUGUACAUGUAAGGACCUCAGAGAAGUGUCUCAGUGUGACUCAUUUGUAGACUUCUUUGUAGCUUGAAUUGCUUGUGUUCUUAUUAAAAUGCUAAACUGGAUGCUUAGGUAAUUUUUUUUUAUUGUUUUCCUAUUUAUUGUUUUUUAAAGUCUGAGCUAAUUGCUAUUCAUUGAGAAGGACUGUGUUCUGGCUACAAGUAACACCUUGUAGACUUUGUUUACAUUUUGUCAACUUAGUGCUUUAGUUUAAUUUUAACGAGGAGUAAACAUCAUCAAAGCUUAA